CUGUGGGAGGUCUCAGCUCUCUGCUUGCUGAGAGUCAGGAAUUCCUCAUUUAAAUACUCCUUUCCCAACUUCCAGAAGUUUCUUUUCUGCAGUAUAUAGGCCUGCUGAGGGAUCUGUCUGUCUGGAAGUUAACAGGACAGACAACUUUGUGAAGGCAGUCGGGAAAGCCCAGUAAGGUCUGCAUUACUACAGCACCGAAACCAUGUGGCUGACUAACUUGGUAGCACUGUGCCUGCUGGUUGCCGCCACCACCAAUGGGGACAAGAAGCUCAGCAACCAUGCCACCAGCAUGGCUGAUAACAGCGCCAGCCUGGCCUUUAACCUCUACCACAACAUGGCCAAGGAGAAGAACCUAGAGAACAUCCUCAUCUCCCCGGUGGUGGUGGCCUCUUCCCUGGGCUUGGUGGCCCUUGGGGGUAAGUCGUCCACUGCCUCGCAGGUCAAAAUGGUCCUUAGCGCUGACAAGGUGAAGGAUGAGCACCUCCAUGCGGGCCUGGCCGAGCUCCUGACCGAGGUGAGCAACUCCACAGCCCGCAAUGUCACCUGGAAGAUUAGCAACCGUCUCUACGGCCCCAGCUCCGUCAACUUCGCAGACGAUUUUGUCAAGAACAGCAAGAAGCAUUACAACUAUGAGCACUCCAAGAUCAACUUCCGGGACAAGCGGAGCGCCCUUAAGUCCAUCAACGAGUGGGCGUCCAAGACUACUGAUGGCAAGCUUCCAGAGGUCACCAAGGAUGUGGAGAAGACUGAUGGAGCCAUGAUCGUUAACGCCAUGUUCUUCAAACCGCACUGGAAUGAGCAGUUUCAUCACAAGAUGGUGGACAACCGUGGCUUCCUCGUGUCUAGCUCCUACACGGUGUCUGUUCAGAUGAUGCACCGCACUGGCGUCUACGGUUACUAUGAGGACACCAAGAACAGCCUGUAUGUGCUGAGCAUGCCUCUGGCCCACAAGAUGUCCAGCAUGAUCUUCAUCUUGCCCUACCAUGUGGAGUCUCUGGAGAGGCUGGAGAAGCUGAUGACUCGAGCACAGCUGGACACCUGGCUGAGCAAGCUGGAGGACAGGGCUGUGGCCGUCUCUCUGCCCAAAGUCAGCAUGGAAGUCAGCCACAACCUCCAGAAACACCUUGGGGAGCUUGGCCUGACUGAAGCUGUGGACAAAAGCAAGGCUGACCUGUCCAACAUGUCCGGCAAAAAGGACCUGUACCUGGCCAACGUCUUCCAUGCCUCUGCCAUGGAGUGGGACACCGAAGGCAACCCCAUGGACACCAGCAUCUUUGGCACAGACAAGCUGAAGAACCCCAAGCUGUUCUACGCAGACCAUCCCUUCAUUUUCCUCGUGAAGGACAACAAGACCAACUCCAUUCUCUUCAUUGGCAGGCUGGUCCGGCCCAAAGGUGACAAGAUGAGAGACGAGUUAUAAUCCCAGCUCAGUUCUUAAGUGGUUUGUUUGUGUGUGUGUAUGGGUGUGUGUAAGUACGUGUGCACAACUGUUCUGCACAUGACCAUGCAAAGAGUAUGUCUGUUACAUUGUGAGCACAUUCCAUUAGAUGAAAUGUGGACUGACACGUGGGUCUACUGUUCCAGAUAUGCAUUUCAGAAGGGCAGCUUAUGCUGACCCUUAAGUAUCUACAGUAGUAUGGUUUGUCUUCUGCUUUCACAUGUAUCAGAAGGUUUGUGGUCCCAGACCUUGUCUAAUUCCACAAUAAAAAAGUGUCACUUGGCAGUAGCCCAACCGUAUUCCACCACUAGUUAUAAAAAGACCAUUGACAGAUUGCACGACUGACAACAUGCUUAUAUUAAGUGUGAUUUCUCAGAUUUUUGCCUUCAUUCACCUCAGGGGGGUUGUUCGUAUUUAUAGAUUUGGCCACUUUUUACUGAGCACCCACUGUAGCCUCUCCUAAACGGAAUCUGUGGUUUAAGCAUGGGAUCUUAGGAUGUCUUCAAUGUUUAAGGUAAAAUCUCUUUUUGCACAUGUUUUGCAAGCUUAUUCAGCACUAAUAUGCAUUCCCACAUUGAAUCCCACUGCAUACAUUCUUCUCAGGCUUCCAGCGGUUACACUUCAAUUUUUUUUUUUUGCUCGUCAGCCAUCUGCACUGAAACAGCUUCUCUGCACUAGCUAACCUAGGAGUGAGAGGCAAUGUCUGACUGUAGCGUUUUGCUCAGUUUGAGUUCCAGGGUGUCUAUGCUGUGUUAGGUUGUGCCAUGUUGGUGGUAUGUUGUUU